AUGUCCGAGACUCCUCGACCUUCUCUCAAGCUCACUCUGGGCAAGAAGAAGGCGCCGGAGGAAAAGUCUCAAAAAACGGCCGCGCCCGCGACCCCGUCCAGCGAGCCUCGCAAGCUGAAAUUGAAGAUCGCCCGCAAACCACAAGAGAACAAUGACGAAGAGAAGACAAACAAGAAGCCCUCGAAAAAGCGACCAGUGGAAGCACCUGGUCUUCACGAGCCUACGGCCGCAGCUCCGUCCAGCGCGGGACCGAAACGACUGAAGCUGAACCCGUCGAAGAAGCCAGGCGUGCAGUCGAUCCGGAUAAAAAACAAGGGGCUGGUCCCUAACAGGCCGACUGGUGUUGGGUAUGACUCUGAAGCUUCCGAUACUGAGGCGGAUCCGUCUAUCGAGGAACAAUUCAUCCUACGCAUGCUCCCCGGACCCGACUGUGAUUAUCUACGAAAAGCGAUCGAGGAGCGGUUGUUCGACCGGUCCGAGUUUUGUUUCAAACCGCUUACACGAGAAGGACGACGUGCUGUCAUAAAAAUCCGCGACAAACAGUAUGCUGCGGCGCUGGUGGAUCUGCCAUGCAUCAUCGAAGGCAUGAAGAGUUGGGAUAGGAGAGGGUGGUACAAGUCUGCGGAUAUCUGCCAGAUGCUUUUAGUCCUGGGACUAGUAGCCAAUGAUAAGGAAGCUUUGGAGUAUCCGUUACCGUCGGAGGUUGAACAGCUGGAUGAGAAAACCCUGCGGUACCCGCACGGACUGACGCCUCCGCUACGUUGGGCGAGAAAGCGACGGUUCCGCAACCGGGUUAGCACACGGACGAUCGAACAAGUGGAAAAGGCUGUGAGUGAUUUGAUCGAACAAGACGAAGCGUCGGUUGCGCCGCCUCGAUAUGAAUUAGUCGACAGCGCGUCGCUUAAUCGGGCCGAGGGACUGGUACAGAGCGGAGAUUACUACGAGGACGAAUACUACGACGAUGAACAGGAUGCAGAAGGCGAGAUUGAUGAAGGUAUGCCGGAGAUGGGAGGUGCAAUGGAUGAUCUUGAAGAUGCCCUUGCUGCCGAGAUGGAGGCUGCUCUGGCUGCCGGGGCAGAGGACGAAAUGACGGGUGCUGCUGCCGCGGCUCCAUCAGAUAGGGGUGUGUAUGAAGCAGGAACACCGACGGUUCCCAAGCCCCAGUCACCAGCGGCAGAGUCAUCUGGCGAUGAGAGUGAGAUGUCAGACGGUGACGAGGGAGAUGUGCCCGAAGAGGAAAUGGACGAGGAGCAAUUAGAGCAACAGCGACAAUUCCAGCAACGGCGCGAAGAAAUUGUCGAACUUGAGGCUUUGAUCAGGUUGGAGACCGUCAAGUGGGAGCAAAUGAUGAACCAGAUCCUGAAGAACAAGCUGGCCAAGCGGAUUCAAGAUCUGAAGAAAGACCUGUCCUUGAGGAAGGUGGCGAUUGGAGAAGGUGACGAUAUGGACUAA